UUGAAAUUAUAAUGUUUCAUUCAUAAUUCAAAUUUUGUGACAGUAUGUACAUAACCUAUAAUGAAACGAUUUCAUGAAACAAAAUUAUUUCGGCAGUUUUUACCAUUUAUGAUACUUAUUAUAGGAGGUUCAUUCUUCAUUCAAGAAUUUACAAAAUUAAAAUAUAAAUAUUCAAAAGUUACAUCACAGGAUUUCAAAAUGGAAAUGAAAAAAAAAGGUAUUGAAAUGAAAAAAUCUUCUACUCUUGAAGAGGAAUAUGAAAAAAUAAAGAUUUUGGACAUUGAUAAUUGGGAAAAUGUUCGUAUACCACGACCAUGGGAGGAACCAAAUAGUCCAAACAAUUAAAAUUGUAUUUAAAAAAAAAUUUUAAUUUUA